AACUCUACACGUGAUACUGAAAAUCCAACAUGGAGGGGAAGGCAUCUUUUAUUCCACCGGUCAUAGAAGAUAAUCCCGAUGGUUGGGGGCCUUGUUCCAUUCCAACUGCGUUCAAAGACAUACCUUAUCAACCAUUUUCCAAAGGAGAUCGUCUAGGCAAGGUGUCUGAUUGGACUGGAGGUACAUACCAAGAUCGCAGAUACAUGAAUAAGUACCAGUCUCAGUUUGGAACAGGAAAUCAAAUGUUCUCAUAUUACCACGAGGAGGAUGAAUCAUCGUUUCAGCUUGUGGAUACUUCACGUCCUCAGCGUCCUCUCUACCAAAGGAACAGGAACAGAUUUGGACAGAGAAAUGUCAAGAGAGACCAGCGGAACCAGCGAUAUCCUGCAGGAGGAAUGCAAAGUCUAUCAAAGAACCAGAACAGGCAAAAAUUCUCACGGAAGAUGCAACGUAAUUAUGGGCGUGGCCAGUGGCACGACAGGAAGCCAAUUAACAUACACAAGAGGGCACCCUCAGUAGCAGUGCGUGAAGAAUGGAAAGUGCUGGAAGAUGGUGAAAUGGACUUUCCGCGACUUUCCAAGCUUAAUUUACCAAAUGUGGAGGAACCUGAAAAUCUGUAUGUUUGUGGUAGCUUAGAGUAUUAUGAAAAGAGUUACGAUCGUGUAACAACAAAGAAUGAAGUGCCUUUAGCUGGAGUAAACAGAAUCUUCCACAAAGUAACAACCACAGAUGACCCUAUUAUCAGGAAGUUACUUUCAAAAGGAAAUGUUUUUACAACUGAUGCCAUUACAGCUACGCUUAUGACUGCUACACGUUCUGUUUACUCAUGGGAUGUUAUAGUUCAGCGUGUUGGAUCAAAGUUGUUCUUUGAUAAGAGAGAUGAUUCUGAAUUUGAUUUGCUAACAGUGAGUGAAACUGCCCAUGACGUGGUUUUUGAUGAAGGAAACGGAAUUAAUUCCCCCACAAACCUUGGCCUUGAAGCAACAUUCAUCAAUCAAAACUUCUCACAGCAGUGUUUGAAAAGAGGCCCAGACAAAAGGGUGUUUCCCAAUCCAAACCCGUUUGUUACUGAUGAUGAUGAAGGUCAAGUAGCAUCUGUGGCAUACAGGUAUCGUAAGUGGAACCUUGGAGAUGGAAUUGAACUGAUUGUGAGAUGUGAACAUGAUGCCAUGAUGCUUGGCCCUAAUGGAGAAGAAUCGUUUAUCAAUAUCAAGACCUUGAAUGAAUGGGAUCCCAGGGCAAUUGGUGUUGAUUGGCGUCAGAAGCUAGACUCACAGCGGGGUGCUGUACUAGCAACAGAACUGAGAAAUAACAGCUGUAAACUGGCUAAGUGGACUGUUAGUUCUAUACUAGCUGGAUCAGAGUACCUCAAACUAGGGUAUGUGUCUCGGGUAAACUAUCUGGAUUCAUCAAAGCACGCAAUCCUUGGCACACAACAGUUCCGUCCAAAGGAGUUUGCUACUCAGAUAGCUCUAAACAUGGAUAAUGCCUGGGGAAUCCUGCGCUGUAUCAUAGAUACCUGCAUGAAAUUACCAGAUGGAAAGUAUCUUAUACUUAAAGACCCUCUAAAGGGUAUGGUUAGAAUUUAUGACAUUCCUGACAACACGUUUGAAUCAAGCGACGAAGAUGAGGACGAAGAAGAGGAGGAAGAGGAAGAUGAAAAGGGUGAGUUAUUUCAGUAACUCGCUCACAUCGAGAGUGUCUGAGCCUGUAUCUCUAUUAAUAAUGGGGUUGUACUCUUCUCGUCGGGUUGUAAGUCCAUUAAUAUAAUGCAUUCUCAAUCCAGGGUGGAACCGCCAUUUUGGAUAUAUUGGUAGUGUCAAACAGUUCAUCUUUCUGAUCGAUCAUGAAAGCAGUACUCAGAACUUGCAUUCGAGGUUACUCGCGGAUUGCAGAGUGAUCUAUAUUUAUCUAACUAAUUAUAAGUGGGACGAUCUGACCGUGGAACUGUGAGAGUAAUUCUUUUGGUCACCUUCUUUGUGCGUUGGUUAGUAAUUCUGGUGGCGUAUUUUCGGCUACUUUUCUUGUGCUUUGGUGAGUAAAAUGUCACCGAAAAUUGAUAAUUUGCCUUUGUUUGAUAUUAGCUCUGAAGCAAACAGUGCAGUCCGGCAACUAGAUACGGUGACUAAAAUGUUUUACUGAGCUGUUUUUUUUUUGUUUGUUUGUUUGUUUUUUUUUUUCAAACAUUUUUAUUACAAUAAAUAUACCUAUAACAUGUUAAUUACAAUAA